AUGUCCAUUUUCAAAAUCCCCUUUUCUCGCCUGAAACCAUCGUCUUCAUCUCCAAAUGACGAAAGCACUGAAAUGACUCAAGUGUUUGACGUGGACUCAUUUAUUGCUUUAGUAGACGGCCGUCAUAUACUUGAGGACGAACAAGACAACAACAGCGACGACGACGACGACGACGACGACGAUCAAAGCAGUAUCAGCAGUGCCAGCACCACUAUCCACACAAUGAAUCAACAUGGCGUAAAAUACCACUACGAAGAUGAUGAAGACGAUGAAGAGAAUACCCCUUUUGUUGGUGAUGAAGCAGAACAGAGUUUGGUCUCCAGCCGUGAUCACAAUAGCAACAACAACAACAGUGAUGUAGAGAGUGGCAUCAUCAAACAAAAGAAAAUUACGGAUAGGAAAUGGCUCUGCAUGUCAUUUCUUUUGCUCAUUCUAGUAUUUUGGCUGAUAUGGACCAUUGGACUCAGCCAAAUGGGCCCCAUCCAUGAUGGAUCAGAGCAGGCAGACAUUGCAAACCACAUCGAUUUGCCAGAUCUCUACAAUUCGUCCUUUUUUGUCAAGAGACCGACGCUGGUCUGGGUCAAGAAUGAUCCCCGAGACGGCAUAUUCACCUACACAGAUCCCAAUACAAAUGACAUUUUGCUCGAGUCCGUGGAAGAUGGGAGAUCAGAAGUGUUUGUGCAAGCAUCGAACCUCAAGGUGAAUGAUACAUUCAUCAACGUGCAGUCAUUUGAGAUAUCCCAGGAUGCUCAAUAUCUGCUGCUGAAAACCAACGUUACCAGCCAAUGGAGACAUUCGACUCACAGCAACAUAUACAUUUACAACCUGAGUGACAAAUCACUAUUUCCGUUGAAUGCACUGUCCACCAUUGACUCUAAACCUGUCAUUUCAUAUGCUGCUUGGAGUCCAACUGGCCAUCAUCUGGCAUACGUGCUUGGCAAUGAAAUAUUUAUCACUGAUUUGGUCAACACGACCCGUAUCACAUUUGAUGGCUCAGACACUAUCUUCAACGGUGUGCCUGAUUGGGUCUAUGAAGAGGAAGUUUUUGGCACAGAUUAUGCCAUGUGGUGGUCUCCAGAUUCAACACACCUGGCCUACCUUCGUUUCAAUGAAACCGCUGUUCCUGAGUAUCAUUUGCAAUAUUACACCGCUUCCAACAACAGCUACCCAGAUGAGUUGACCAUCAAAUACCCCAAGGCUGGUGCUCCUAAUCCGCUGGUAUCGCUUCACAUUUAUUCUCUCACUUCAGGCACAAGCAUCAUGGUCACUAGCAACUCCACAUCCAAUGCCACUAUCAAAGCAUCCGCAUCACUUGUUGAAUUGCAAGACAACGAUCGCCUCAUUACGGACGUUGUGUGGUCCACUGAAUCCAGCACCCAUCUGCUGUUCAAGCAAACAAAUCGUGUGCAAGACAUUGAAAUCACAAGCCUUGUUACUGUAGGCAGUCCAUUGAACGAAACCUAUGUGCAAAACACAAGGACAUACAAACCUGACGAUGGAGGAUGGGUUGACUCUGCACAAACAAUGGUGUACAUUCCAAACAGUCAAUCCAGUGAUCCUGUGGUUCGCUAUUUGGAUGUUAUUGAUAAUGGCAAGGGGUUUAUGCAUUUGGCGGUUGUUAGGGCAGAUAAGUCGGAUAGAGAGCCUGUAUGGCUUACCUCGGGCAACUGGGAAGUGGUUCCUGGCACAGUCGUUGUGGAUCAGGACAGACAGCUUGUGCAUUACAUUUCCACAGAACGUUCUCAUCUGGAACGUCAUCUCUACAAAAUCAACUUGAAUCACACCAAGCCAAUCUCGACGAAACAGUGCAUUACGUGCCCAGAGGACGAGGAAGUGCAUGGAUAUUAUAGCGCUAUAUUCUCACCUAAAUUUGGCUACUACAUUUUGCAGUAUCAGGGCCCUGAUAUCCCAACCACUGUAGUCAAAAAAGUCGACAAUAGCACAUUUGAGACAGUGUUGCAGGACAACAGUGCGCUCAAAUCUUUGCUAGAAGGCUAUGAACUGCCACGCACGCGCAUGGUGCCUGUCAAGAGUGGCGGUGUAGAGAUGGACGCAAUGGAAGUGCUACCUCCUGAUUUUGAUGUUGCAAAAAAAUAUCCAGUUUUGUUCCAUGUCUAUGGUGGACCUGGCUCUCAGCUAGCAUCGUACAGGUUUGAGCUGUCUUGGAGUACAUUUUUGGCAAGCAAGCUCGGAUACAUUGUCGUUACGGUGGACGGUAGAGGUACAGGGUUCAAAGGGAGAAAAUACAGAGCAGGUGUGAGAGGUAGACUAGGCGAGCUAGAAACGAUUGAUCAAAUCAACGCGGCCAGGCAUUGGUCCACACUGGAGUAUGUAGACCCAUCUCGCAUUGCAAUCUGGGGUUGGUCUUACGGAGGGUACAUGACAUCCAAAGUAGUAGAAGCAAACAGUGGCGUAUUUGCUGCUGGUUUAGCUGUUGCACCAGUAACAGACUGGAGAUUCUAUGACUCGAUCUAUACUGAGCGAUACAUGCUGACACCUGAGCUAAAUCCUGAAGGGUAUACUCAAAGUGCUGUUAGCAACAUGACAGGUUUUGAAAACACAAGAUACUUGCUUGUGCACGGCACUGGCGAUGACAAUGUUCAUUUCCAAAACUCUGCUGUUUUGGUGGACAAAUUGACACAGGCCAACAUUCACAACUAUCAAGUUCAAUUCUUCCCUGACAGCAAUCAUGCCAUACAAUAUCACAAUGCAAAUCAAAAUGUGUACCAUUUACUGACCAACUUUCUGUGGGAAGCAUUUGGAGGUGAAGAAUAUUUGCAUGUGCGAAAAGAACUGAAUGGCCAUUUCUCUGGGCCUUUAACUGGGGGUCACUAA